AUCAAUGACAAUGUGUCAACAUUUUGUGACUAUGUCUAAAAGCAACACGGAAUGAUAUCACGGAUUAUUAUUGGUUCCGCGAAGCAUCGAAAUGGGCUCGUCUGCUUCACAGAGAAAACUAGCGUUUAGAGAUUCGUCGAGACAUCCUAGUAAUCGUCACAUAAACGGAAAAAACCCUGUCAAACAACGAGACAACAAUCAUCCCACGGCAGUUAGUCAGAUAAAUGUAGUCAGUGAGAACGCUAUCAAUAACACUAUCACGUUGGAUAACACAGUUGACGCCACAAUUGGAAGACAAAAUCUUAAAACAAGUGUUCAAAAAACGGGAUCCAAACGAGACAUGGAUGAUCAAGACCGAAAAGUAGAUGUGGUCGACCAAAACGAGAGUCACGAAGAGCGACACAAACGAACAUUUAAAGCGUAUAAAUCCGAGAUUAACCAGUUGUUGUCUUCACUAGAAAAAGAUGAACAAAAUAAAACGAUCUUGAUGUCGGUUAUAGAAAAAACUAACGAAAUUUACAUCAGCGCGGACGCCAACUUCAGCCACACAUGGAUGACAAAACAUCGAACGGCAGUUUGUGACUACAUCCACUGCCAUGGCCAGAUAAUACCAGUUAUAUGUGAAGCGAUGAUAAGCGAGAAAGAUUCGAAUGAUAUGUCUUGUAUACUGUACGCUGGUUCGUUAACUAUGGUGUGCCUGUCCGACCACUCUAGAGACUGUACUGUUGAUAUUUGCGCUGUGCCGGGAUUUAACGAGUUUCUCUAUGAAUUUAUUGAUAAAAAUAAAGAGAAUAGCCCGUAUGUGACGUCAUUAGGCAGAGACAGUGUAAUAACUAGGAUUCUGAUGGUGAUUCACAACGUAUCAAUGACACAUGUUAACAUACCCUUAUUACAACAACUCAACAUCGUCAAAGUUUUAAAAAAUUAUUUAUCGUUUAACAACGAUACGAUUAAACUUGUUUCUCUGUUGGCUAUAGCUGAUUUGAUGAAGGAUGACGAGGCGCAUUAUAUCGCCACUAACAUAUCCGUUAUAACGUCUUUGUUGAAGCUAUUUGAACAAACUAUCAACAGCGAAGGUCACAGAGAGGCAGACGGAAAGGGUGUAAUAUGGUCUUCACUUGAACUGGUGAAAGGUAUUGGUAGACUGGCUAGGAAUGACGACAACAAGAAGUUGCUGGUUGAUCAAGGCUGUCUGCCAUCUUUAAUAAAACUUGCCAAAUCCACAGAUUUAGAGGAAAAGAAGGAGAGUUUAAAGGCGUUGUGGGUUUUAUCGUUUAAUGAGAAUAACCAGGAUAGGAUUAUAGAUGAACCCGGGUUGAUUCAGUAUAUUGACGAUGAAAAUAGAACUGGUGAGACAGAGGUCAAGGCCACGUGUUCCGGUAUUUUAUGGACCUUAAGACUCAAACUUUUACAAUCAAAGGAAUAUGAAGCUAUUGGUGAAAGACUUUCCACAAUUGAUAAAGCAGAAAACGAUGAUGAAGAAAAAGGGCACGUGAUGAUUAGUUAUCAAUGGGCCAAUCAGGAUGUGUUAAUUAAAGUACGUGAUGAGUUACGUCGUCAUGGUUAUAAAGUAUGGAUGGACAUUGAUGACAUGGAAGGAUCAACGCUACAAGCAAUGGCGGAGGCUAUUGAACAGGCGGAAGUGGUUUUAAUCUGUAUGUCGAGGAAAUAUAAAGACAGCCCAAACUGUCGAGCAGAAGGAGAAUAUGCGCAUCAAAGACGUAAGAAGAUUAUACCACUAAUACUAGAACGUGGCUAUCAACCUGAUGGCUGGCUGGGUUUAAUUCUCGGAGCUAAACUAUUCUACGAUUUUAGCGGAAAAUAUUCCUUUCAAUCAAGAGUUGGUGGGUUAUUGAAAGAUAUUAAAAUCAAGGUGAACAGUCAACUGGAUUCAACCACCACAGCGUCGACGGCGACCAAUGUUUUAGAUAAACAUAAUAAGGCAUUAGUACAAGUACACCAAGAUGUGGUUUAUUCUACAAGACGUUCCCUAUCUUCAAACACAGUCAUCAGAUCGUGGACUAAUGACCAAAUAAAACAAUGGUUAUCUACUCAUAAACUAUCGGGAUCAAGAAUUGAAGAAUUAACUGGCAUAGAGUUGGCAUUUCUACGUAAGCUACAACACAUGGCACCAGAUUUAUAUUUCCGGAAAUUAGAGAAUGAUUUAAAUUUGAAAUCUCUGACAGAUUUAGCCAAGUUUGACGCUGCCAUGGAUGAAUUACCCUAGGAUCAUAUGCGUCCCCGGAUACGUCAUCGAACAGCGCAAUACUUAAUUUUACAAAAUGAAACUAGUGCCCACGUUCCUCCUUAACUAUGCCCCUCUUUCAUGCCUUAACGCUUUUUAUCUGGGAGCCGUCGCAUGUAAACGGUAAAUUUAAAUGAAAUAGGGUUUAACGUCCUAAUGUUCUGCUCCGAACUGGGCUAAUGAAGACGGGCAUACGCCAUACAGUGUGCUAUGGGGGAAAUUUUACCCGGACAGCGGCACUGCGGCCUACUCUCAUAUCGAAUUCCAACUGCCAAGGUAUCUUUUACGUGUACGCCAAUGUGUACACAGGACCCCGGUUUUUCGUGCCAUCCGAACGACUAGACAGCUUUCCCUGUCAGGCCCUCCGACCUGCAUCACUGACAAGGGGGGACCACGCCGGAAAAUCUGGAUGAACUUUCUCGGCCAAUGCAGGGGUCGAACAUCGUUCAUUCUUUUUGGGGAUCACGUGGCUAAGUGGGUAAGACGCUGGCUCGCUAGCCUGGAGGUCGGGUGUUCGAUCCCUGCAUUGGCCGAGAAAGUUCAUCCAGAUUUUCCGGUGUGGUUUCCCCUUGUCAGUGAUGCAGGACGGAGGGUC